GGGGGGGUCGCUGGGUGAGGAGGGGGGGGGCGAAGCAAUCUCCUGGUUGCCAGGGUAACUUGGGGCCCCAGCGCGCGAGGCUCCCCCGGGUCCGGGAUGGGAGGGGAGGCGAUAGAGUGCAGGGGGGCGGGGGCGGCGCGCACAAGGCGGGGUGGAAGGAAGGAGGGGGAGCCGCUGCCUCGCUCGCUCUCUAGCUCGCUGCCUCGCUCGCUUGCUCCCCGGCUGCUGCAGCGGCGGCGGCAAGAGCAGCCCCCGGGGCUCUGGGAAAAGAAGAGCAGGAUCUCCUGUUGCUGUUCUCUCCCCUCCCCACCCCCCCACUGUCCUAUCCCUCCUUUCUCCCAUCUCAAGAUGGCAUCCAGUGGCUCUGAAGGGACAGAGAUGAAGGGGGAUGAGGAGGGUACCUCAGCCCAAGGCGAAGGGCCUGGAACCACCACUCCUGGAGCACAGACUACCUGUCCCCAGACUCCAGCUGGGGCCCAGGACAUCACAGAAACCCCCCAAAUGGUUCCAGAUUCCAUCAGACCAUCAGCUGGUAGCCCAGAAGUGGGGACCUCCCCUGAACAGGCAACAAAAACUUCAGAGGCACCAGAAGGGACCCCAAACCCAGUCAAGAAUACAGACUCCAUACCAGACCCAGGAAGUUCAUUAGCAGAACAGACCCCUGGAGUAGACUCCCACCCUCCAACAACACCAGAAACCCACAAAGAGUCUGUGUCAGCCCCAGAAGGGAGCAAAGAGCCACCCCAAGAAGACAGCAAAGAGCCACCCCAAGAAGGGAGCAAAGAGUCUGCCCCAAUCCUAGAAGUCAACAAAGAACCUUCAGAGGCACCACAGGGGGCCAAGCAGGAACCAGUCUCUGACCUCAGGCCAGCCUCCCAGCCAACAUCUCCUGUCCAAAAGGCAACACCUGAGGACCUAACGGGGGACCUGAUAGAGAAACAAGAGAAUGGGGCGGUAAUGCCCAUGAAGGCUGGAGAGGAGGACAAAGGCACAAGUCCUCAGCCCCACUCCCCUCCACCACCCAAAGGCCCUCCAGCCAAUGGGGCACCCCCAAAGGUCCUCCAGCAAUUGGUAGAUGAGGAGAGGGGAGUUGGGGGGCAUGGUGCAAAGCCUGGCUCCCCCAGAGGCAGUCUGAGCCGCCACCCCAGCUCCCUGCUGGGGGGGCCGGGAGUGGAGGGGGGUGAAGGGACCCCAAAGCCACGUGACUACAUCAUCAUCGCCAUCCUAUCCUGCUUCUGCCCCAUGUGGCCAGUCAACAUUGUGGCCUUUGCUUAUGCCAUCAUGUCUCGGAACAGUCUGCAGCAGGGUGAUGUGGAUGGAGCUCAUCGCUUGGGACGGGUGGCCAAGCUAUUGAGUAUCGUAGCAUUGGUGGGCGGGAUCCUCAUCAUCAUUGCCUCCUGUGUCAUCAACUUUGGAUGUGAGUAUGAACUUGAGUUGGUUGGGGAGUGGAGAUGGGGAUGGAGAAGAAGGUUGGGUGAGUGGUGGGUGAUUAUGGUAGAACCCAGAAGUUUUUAGUUAAGAGAAUUGAGUGGGUGGAGAAGGACUGGGUUUCUUUGAAAGACUGUGGCUCUGUGGAAAUAGAACUAGAUCUGAGGAAAAGUUGAACUGGUUGUUUAUGGAGGUCUAACAUCACUAACUUGUACCUGCUCUCUCUAUCUCUCCCACCAACAUCUCCCUCUCUCUCUGCCUGUCUCUCUGUAUCUGUCUGCCUGUCUUUCUUUCUGUCUCCGAUUAUCUGUCUUUCUCCCUCCCCACUUCAACAUCGCCCCUUCCAUCCCUUUCUCUCCUCUGAACAGUAUUUAAAUGAGAAGCUCUACCCUGUGCCCCUCGGACUUUUUCUUCUGAACUACCAGGGGUCCAUCUCUUUCCUGGGGUGAGGCCUAAUGACGGCCCCCACCAGCAGCCCUUGAUUCUUCGGAGACCCAGGGAGCUGGAGCAGGGCCUUGUUUACAGUUCUCCUUUCCUCUCCUCUCCCUCCUCACUCCCACCUCAUUCAUCUCUCCUGGCCCUUCUCUGCUUACCUGCCAAUCUUCCCUUUUUCCUUUUUUCUAACCUCUUGUCCACCUUUUCUUAUUCCCCCCAUCUUCCUUUCCAUUAUUCAUCUUCCUUAUUUUCUUCCCAUAUUCUCAGCCUCUCUUCCUCUUUUUCCCUGGCUUUCUCCGAAUCUUUUUUCUUCUCAUCUUGUCGUUCCUAGUCUCAAUCUAGCCUUUUCUCUCAUUUCCCUUUCCAUUCCCUGCCUCCAUUUCUCACCUUCCCUCUCCCCUGAGCAUACUACAAAAACGAAUAGACUGAGGUGGGGGCUGUGGUGGGUGACCGGACCCUGGUCCCCACCUCCAGGUGAACAGACCGAGCUUUCGGAGAGCCUGCUCUCCUCCUUCUUUCACAAGAAGGGGUUGACAGAAGCUUUGCCCAGUUCAAAUUGGGAAAGGGAAUGAUGUUGAGACAUCCUCCCGGGAAUGAUAUGCAAAAACAAACCCCAGCCUAUCUCUCUGACUGUUCAGUCUCUUCAAAGACGAUUCCUGGGAGCAGACUAAAUGUCUACCCUCCCAAUAGCUCCCUGUGAAACCGAGUACGGGGAGAAAGCUGCAUUGAGGGGCAUGAGGGAAAGGGAGGGGGGUGGGCCUUAGAGAAUCUCCUAAUUUCGUGGGGGGGAGGGGGGCCUGGGGUGCAUUGCUGUUUGGUCUGCGAUGCCUGUCUUACGUACCACGCAUGAGGGAAUGUAACUGGGGCGGGUGGUUUCCAACCUGGGCGCGUGCUGGCCCAGGCGAAUCACCCAGGCGCUGUGCCCUGGUCCGCAUCCCCCUCCCCUGGCUGCCCAAAGGAGAGGAUUUUAACAGUUUAUUUAUGUAUUCGUUUAUUUAUAGGGGGAGGGUUGUGCCAUUCACGUGCUUUGUAAGAAAAAAAAAAAAAAGCAAAAAAAUCGGACCAAAUGCCCAGCGACUGAGCUGGAAGCCUGGGCUUGUAAGGGGCGUGUCCUCGUGGGGUUUUUUUUAAGGGGACUAGGGCGACUUUGCCGCACGAGGCGGGGCAAGAGGGUGGGGGUGGGGGUAGGGAGCUACCCAGUCCAGUUGGUAGAUUUUUCUCAAAAAAAAAAAAAAAAAAAGCGUGGGAAGAAAAACCCCACUUAUCUUAAAAAAAAAAAAAACAGCAAAAUUAUCUGUUUAUCCAUUUUGUAUGGAGGAUGCUGCAUGAAUCUGAGCACCAAUAAACUUGAGAUUGUGCAUGA